AUGAAGGAAAAUAUAAAGAUAUUAUACAUACACGGGUUCCACAUUUUUGGGGAAAGCAAGAAGAAGAAAAUAAUUGAAAAAGCCGUUGGAAAAAAAAAUUUAUUUAUAGCAGGCAUUAAUCAAAGGAGAAGCAUUAGUUCUUUUAUUUUGUUCCUUGUAUUUAUAAUAUGUGUUAUGUUAUUUAACAUAUAUAUAUCUUAUAAAUUUUCCGAUAUAAUAUUUCUUAUAAUAACAAUAAUAUUAUCGAUUGUUAUAAUUUUAGUUGUAUAUUUUAUCGGAUCACAUUUAAUUCUUUAUUAUAUUAUGAAGAAGUCAAUUAAACAAGCAGAGCAAAGAGUUCAAAUGUACGACCCUGAUGUUGUUGUUGGAAUAUAUUUUGGAGCUGUUGUAGCAAUGAAUCUUAACUACAGAAAUGGCAAAAAGCCUCUAAUUCUUGUAUCCCCAUCUGUUAAGACGUUUCAAAAAUUUACACACAACUUAGAUAUUGAUUUGUCUACUUUUCCAUAUGUAAUAAUUGUUAACGGAUCUGAUGAUACUAUAACUCCAAUGAGUAUUUGUGAUGAACUUAUUUCUACGGUUCCUUUAGGAAAAGGAAGACUAGAAAUUGUACAUGAUGAUCAUUCCUAUUCUAAAUUAAAAGAAUCUGAUUUUAAAGCGUGGAUUAAAGAAGCUAAAUACAGACCUUCUACAACUGUAGUUAACAUAGCAAAAAAAUUAAAGGAUGAAAAAAUGGGCAACAGAUAUAUUGUAAAUACAGAUGAUAUCAGUGAAUUGUCCUCAUAUGAAAAAGAUAAUAUGAAAGAAGAUGAUCCUUUGGUAUAA